ACCCAAUUCUGCCCGCAACUUUAUCCACUCGAGAGCUUCGCAGAGCGUCGACAAUGUCGUGCCCUUCGCUUCUGCAGUCGACUGCUUCUUCCUUUCACGGUCGGUUCCUGACACUAUCGUCUCCUUCCUCAGCUCGGAUUCUUCCGCCGCCGCCGAGGAAUGGAGGUUUAGGGGCGGGGGUGAAGGGGACGGCCUCCGGUACUGUACUGGUAGAGAAGUCAGAGGCCGAGAAGACCCACCGGCUAAAAGCCUCUUAUCUCGAGAAGAUUGUUCCUUUGCUUAAAGAAGAGUUCAAGUACACUAACGUGCACCAGGUUCCAAAGAUUGAGAAGAUUGUAGUGAACUGUGGUAUCGGAGAUGCAGCGCAAAAUGCAAAGGGUUUGGAGUCUGCAGUGAAUGAUAUGGCACUUAUUACAGGGCAGAGACCCAUAAAGACACGAGCAAGGGCUUCCAUUGCCACCUUCAAGAUCAGGGAAGGACAGCCUCUUGGGAUUGCUGUCACCCUCAGAGGAAAUAUAAUGUACUCAUUCUUGGAUCGUCUGAUCAACUUAGCCCUUCCAAGAGCCCGGGAUUUCCAGGGUGUGAGCCCCAACAGCUUUGACGGGCACGGGAACUACAGCAUUGGCAUCCGUGACCAGAGUGUGUUUCCAGAAAUCAGGUUUGAUGCCAUCGGGAAAGCAAGAGGGAUGGAUGUGUGCAUAACCACAACGGCCAAAACCGAUCAAGAAGGACAGAAACUAUUGGCUCUCAUGGGAAUGCCAUUCAGGGAAGGAGGCGGUGCUGGCUCUGCAGCUGGUCAGGUGAGGAAGAAGAAGCUCAAGUCUCAUCAUUUUGAGUCCAAAGGCAAAGGGAAGGGAAAGAGAUGAUGAGACGAAAAGGUCCAUUUGUGUUGUUCUCUUGUUUUUAACCAUUCAUGUCUCUGAAUCAUCACUCUUCCGUUUUCUUGUUUUGUAAUUCUGAGUUAUUAAAAGGAAGAUCUUCUGUUUUCUGUUGCA